CAAGCCUGAUAGGAAGCAAACAACAAAUAUCCAAAAACGAACUGAACUCCUCAAAUUCAAAGUGAACCCUUGGCAACUUCACUUCCAGUCAUGGCGGUCUCUCCCAAGAAUGCCAUUCACUUGGGCAAAAUGAAAGUGGGCGAUUGGCAGUUGAUUCUGCACGUCAAUCAUGGGCUCGAAAUCAAUGAUGAGCCUCAAAUCGGUCUCUCGAUGUUGUAUCACACCGAGACCAGGCAAUACAUUGCUCGAUCUUGGGGACGAACCAUUGGCAAAGGAACCGUGGCCAACUACAACGAAAUGAUCGCCAGAUGCGGGACUUUCUUUCGGAAAGGAACCCCCUGUGUGGGGAUGAACCCUCCGGAUGAGCAAUUUCCGCUCUCUUGCCAAUUUGCCAAAGAUUGUACGGGGAUUGUGCCGCAUAUCCAAGGCUCUAAUGUGUGUAUGGAGUGUAAGAGCGCCAAUAGCAACCCUCUAGAUGGCGUCAAUGAUGAUGAAAAAGAUGCUUUAGAUCCACUGUGCUUUGAAAUCGAAGAGCACGCGAUGAAGCUGGAGUAUUCGGUCGAUGAUCCUUUAGCCGCUUUCAAGUGUGAGAGAUGCUCGGAGGUGUUUCAUUCCGCCCCUUUGUUGAUUGAACAUUUAAAGAGCUGCUCUCAAUCACUGAAAGUUUGGUGUCCUCCAAUUAAACGCUCCAAAAUUGGAUCAAACGCAGUUGUGACGAAAAUGAGGAAAUUGACUGAUGAAAGUGCCAAGCUAAGCUCCAAAAGUACCGAGAAAAUUCUGCAAAGUGAAGAGACAAGUACUCCGAGUAAUAUUAAACCCACCAGGAAUGACAAAUCGGAGCGAAGACCCAUCUAUGGAACCACUGAGUGUCCUAUUUGCCACAAGCAGAUCUCGUCCGUGUUUUUUGGCAUCCACAAGAUGUACUAUCAUGAAAUGGGCGACUUCAAGUGCAUCUGUAAAGCUUCGUUUGAAACAGUCCCGGAUCUUUUGGCCCACGUGGAACAUGAACAUCCGAAUGGAUUAGCUAGGUUAGAUUGUCCCAAUUGCAGACAAUCAGUGGAGUUGGAAAACUAUCCUGCCACGUUCCUCUACCACGUGAAGGAAUGUCGUAAAAUCAAGUACAUGAUCGAUGUCAAAGGGAAACUGGUCAGGAUGGACCGAUUUUGUGUGAAUUGUCGAAUGCCAUUUGCUACCGAUGAAGAACUCGAAGCCCACGAAGCCAGCGAUUGCGUCGAUAAUUGCGAUUACUGUUGUUUCAAGGGCACCGGGAAGGAAUUGACCAAACACAAGCUCAUGGCACACAGGGCCGCGGUUAUGGAACAGAAAGCCGCCAUGGGCAAUCAAGAGGCUGCUCUUGAUCCUCAGACUGGAAAUAUUGUGUGCUCUAUUUGUGGCCUUGAAUUUGCGGAUCAGUUAAUCCUUGAUGCGCAUAAGGCGAGCGAACACCCUCCUGAGUGUCAUAUCUGUGAAACGUGUGGGCUCAAGUUCGCUUUUCAGGUUCAAUUACGAUCGCAUAGGAGCAAAACUCAUCCAGAACUUAGCGCCUUUAUGUGUGAUGUGUGUGGCAUUGGAUUCGAAUCCCCACAAUUGUUCUUCAAACAUAAGAAAAGUCACCAAAUGCAGAAGCACAAAUGCCAAAUAUGCGGCAAAGAAUACAAGUUGGUGUCUUUGUUCGAAAAGCACAUGAGGUCCCACCGAUAGAUUUGGUUCAGAUGAGGACAAUGCUCGUCAUUGAAUGCCGUUACAAUUUCACCAGUUCGUGUUGUAUUUGUAAACUAUCACAAAUAAAAUCAAAAUGAAAAUAAAUAUCUCUUGUCCCACA